UGUCUUGAUUUUCAGGUUGAAGAUCAAAUAUUAUGUCAGUCACCUCUGCAGUGUAAAGAUCUGAGACAUUACAUUGGCACAUUUAGUGAAGAGGAAGCAGACACAACAUGGAAGUCAGUCAGCAUCAACGAAUUGCAAAAUGCGGUUAUAUCUGAGAUACAAAAAGAAAAUUAUUUUGGAUAUAUGUUCAUCAAGUGCUCCAACAGCUCAGGUACCCUUGAAGACUUUGGGCAGCCACAGUAUGAUGAGGCUUAUGCAGAUCAAAACUUUGAUUCCUACACACAGCUCUUUGUGCAUCCAAAGAAGAUCCAUGAAAGCCUGGAAAAGCCUAAGAAAGAUAAGAGGGAUAUCAAUAUAAAUCUAGUCAUGAUAGACUCUCUGUCACGCACCCAUUUCUACCGUUCGUUACCAAAGACCGUGCGGUUUCUGGAUGACCUCUAUGAUGAGCUACAUUCAAAGGUUUUAGAUUUCCACUACUUCCAAGCUGUGAAGCAAAGAACUUAUGAAAGCUUGCAGGCCUUGUUCUCUGGUUAUGUUAAUAUGACAGAGGUUCCUUUUGGAACAUAUGAUGUGCCAAAGAAGCCUUUGCCUAUCUCAGGAUUAUUUGGAAAGUACAAGAUGAGAGGUUUCAAGACACUUUGGCUUGAGGAUUUAUGCUGGAGCUGGGAAUGGGGUUUAGUGAAGGACUUAAAAGUAAUGAAUGACAGUCUCUCUGGUGUGUCACUAUGGAAGGAGUUCAAAAGAGCAUUAUCAGCUGCCAAUAUUGACAGUGUAGACAUGACCCUUGCAAGUUGUGAAAUCCUGCAAGCCAAUGGAAAGAAGGAUCCAUUUCAUGGAUUGCCAGCAGUAUGCUACAAUAGUAGACAUCAUCAUGAGUAUAUUUUAGAGUAUUUAGAACUAUAUCAAAGAGCUGCUCUGAAAGCUGGACAAUCUUUUCUAACCUUCACUUCAUCUAGUGUUUCACAUGAUGCUUCUGGGAUACGUGUCCAGACCAUUGAUGAACCUCUUGUCAACUAUUUGAAAUUUGCCUCUAAAAUGAAAAACACAAUAACAAUUCUAUUUGCUGAUCAUGGAAAUACUUAUGGAGACUUCAUCAAGUCCAGCCCAGAGGCACACGUGGAGACCUUUAAUCCAGCUUUGUUCAUGAUAAUUCCUCAAGAUGUACAAGAUCAUUUGGGAGAUGUCCAAAUGAGAAUUCUAAGAGAUAAUCAGAGACGGCUGAUUAGUGCCAUUGACAUCCAUUACAUGCUACUGGGACUAAUUAAUGAGAAAAGUACAGUUCCAGACAAAAAAUUUGUUGACAAAUAUGUUACUGCUAUGGGUUUGCUCAGCAGCAUUUCCAUUACAAAAAACUGCUUAGAUGUUCCCCUUUUGCAACCCAAUUUGUGCAUUUGUAGGAAUUUUGAAGUAUCAGUAGAGCCCUCACACCUGCACAUGGCUCUUGCUGACUUUGGGCUUGGGGUGUUGAACAAUCUUAUACUUUCCCAACACAAAGAAGGUGGGGGUACUGGGUUUGGGAACUGUAGGCCUCUCAAACCUGUUCGACUGAGAAAAGUAUUGGAAUCUAGGGUCAGAGCUGAUUUAGUUCGAUAUAAACUUGAUAUUAUAGUUCAGGGUUUAGGAGAUGGAAAGGAGAUUGACCAGGAAAUCUUUUUCUUAACAAUCGAGGCUGGACCUGGUGAACCAGCACUGCGCCUUGUGGCGUAUGAAAGAAUGACUCUCUAUGGCAUAUACAGCAAGUGCCAGGACAAAAAUGUUGAGUUAAAAAUGUGCAUUUGCAAUCGUUCCAAUUCACGUGGAAGUGAAGUCAGCCUCCUGAGUUCCUUGCUCUUUGGUAAUUUUAUCCCAGAAUUUUCCUUCCUGAAGAAGGACAUGAAAGACUCUGCAGACAUUCAGGUUAUUGAAUUCCUAACUAGUCCAGUAUUUGGCAUAACACCCAGAAUAGGCAUAGUGUUCCCAAGCGACAAUCCAUGUUUGUUCACUGUGAUACACAACUAUAAUUCUGGUUUUGUACUUAUUUCUGUAAAUCUCUGCUCUUCUUUGCACAAAAUUGAAGUUGAAGUAAAUGCUGAAAACUUAUACCUUUCAGGAGACCGUCACUUGAGUGUCUUGCUCCAUCCAAGUGAUAUAAAGUUCAUUAUAGCAGGUACAGUGGCCAAUGCUAAAAAUGAAUGGCAGUGGACUCACAGUGUUAGAGUAUUCUGAGAAUUGAGUAUUUUCUAU